UGAUCGACGACCUGCGACCAUGGCGCGCGGCCCGAAGAAGCACCUGAAGCGCAUCAAUGCGCCCCGGCACUGGAUGCUGGGCAAGAUGGACGGCGCCUUCGCGCCGCGGCCGUCGACGGGCCCGCACAAGCUGCGCGAGUGCCUGCCGCUCGUGCUGAUCCUGCGGAACCGGCUCAAGUACGCGAUCAGCGGCCAGGAGGCGAAGCAGAUCUGCAUGUCGAAGCACGUCAAGGUCGACGGCAAGGUGCGCACGGACCCGACCUACCCCGCGGGCUUCAUGGACGUCAUCUCCAUGGACGCGUCCGGCGACCAGUUCCGCCUCAUGUACGACACCAAGGGCCGGUUCACGCUCCACCGCAUCUCCGACGAGGAGAAGGGCUACAAGCUCUGCCGCGUCAACGCCGUCUACGUGACGGCGAAGAAGAUCCCCGUGCUCACGACCCACGACGGCCGCACGGUGCGCUACCCGGACCCGUCCGUCGCGGUCCACGACACCGUCAAGCUCGACAUCGCGACGGGCAAGAUCGUGAGCUUCCAGAAGUUCGAGGUCGGCAAGACCUGCACGAUCACCAAGGGCCGCAACACGGGCCGCGUCGGCACCAUCAUGACCGUCGAGAAGCACCCGGGCUCCUUCGACAUCGUCACCGUCAAGGACGCGUCGAACCACACGUUCGCGACGCGCCUCGGCAACGUCUUCGUCAUCGGCAAGGACGACGACCUCGACGUCACGCUCCCCAAGGGCAAGGGCAUCAAGCUCACCAUCAUCGAGGAGCGCACGAAGAAGCUCAAGUCCUCCAACUAGGCGCCCGCGGCGGCGGUUGCGCGGGACUCGCCGCGGCGCCCGCGCCGCGGGGCGCGGCGAACCACUCUAAACCUCUCGAA